CAUCGGUUCACGGAAAGCACCGAAGGAGAAUUUCUUUCGCAGCUUCACGAGACAGGAUGGCUCUAUCACAUUCAAAGGUUGUUAAUUUGCUCCAACAAGAUUGCGGAUUCCCUGGACCUUGGGGACUCCUGCCUCGUGCACUGUACCGAUGGAUGGGAUCGCACACCGCAAUGCACCGCCACCGCAAUGUUGCUGUUGGACCCAUUCUAUCGGACCAUCGUCGGUUUUAGUGUACUAGUAGAAAAAGAAUUUUGCUCAUUUGGCCACAAGUUUGCCGAACGGUGUGGCCAUCAGGUGCAGGGAGAAACCAGCUACACCUCCGAUGCGGGUGUUUCCGGAUCCGACACGGAGGCGCAGCAAUCGAACACAAAGUUGCAGCCUUCUCCCAUCUUUUUGCAAUGGAUGGACGUGGUGUUUCAGUUGGUGCGUCAAUUUCCACGGCACUUUGAGUUCACCACGCGGCUACUGGAGUACCUCAGUGAGGAGGUGUACGCCUGCCUGCACGGAACAUUUCUCUGCAACGGGGAGAAGGAGCGGAUGUUUGAGGGGGUACGUCUGGGCACGGCAUCCAUAUGGACGGAUGUGGUGCGUGCCGCGGCAAAGGAACGCGCAGGGCAUUCGUCUCUGUACUUUGUCAAUGAGAACUACGACUCUGCGACGGCAUGGGAGUACAUAUCAAAACAAAAAGGGAGUGGUAUUCAGCGCAUCUCACCCAACUGCAGCAGCAAACGUCUUGUCUUUUGGGAAUCUUUUUACCUGCGGCACGAUGGGGACAACUACUCCAUAGAUUUUCGUGACGGGCCGCAGCAGAUGACGAAAAAAGUUUCUUUUAAUCCGGAGUGGGAACGAUAUUUUGAUCGGUUUGUGGGGGAUUCGUGUGCGGCACGCAGGAGAGAGUUGCCAGACAUGCGGCGACGGUUGCAAAACCUCUGCGUCGGGCGUCCAGCGGUAGCCGUUGCGAGCGCCUCUUUAGGGAAGGGAAAUUCCCGGAUAUGUUCUCAUUGUCGCAAGAAUCUCGGUUUUUUCUCUUCACGGGGGCAAUGUGUUAGAUGCGGAACCACCCUGUGCAAUAAUUGUGCUGUCUGCAGCGAUAGCGAGUCGAAGAUGUGUCUUGAUUGUUACAAGCUUUGCGAAUGGAAUACACAGUAG